CCACAGCCACGGGAGACCACACACCUGCCACUCACCUGCCUUCUGCUCCAAGGGCCCAGCACCCCGAGAUCCUGAUGCCAGGGGGCAGGCUCCAGCUGGUCCCCAAGGCCACGUGGAGCUCAGCGUUCAGCCCAGCCCGGGGACACAGCCAGUCUCCAGCCGGGCAGCCGGAGGCAGAAUGGGUUCAGCUUGUGGAUGUAGGGUUCAGCCAAAGCGUCUUUACUGCCGUGUGCAAAGGGGUCUGCGUCCCUAAGUCCCUGCCCUCCUUUCCAGCUUUCCUCCUAACAACACGGAGGCUCAGGGAAGAGAAAAUUCCAUGUGGGGUUCGCACACCCAAAGAGGGGCCACUCCUGGAAGCUGCCUCAGGAGCAGCCUCUCCUGGCCACCCAGAAACGCUUGAUCCUGCGUUUUGGAUGGGUCCAGUCGGCCUCCCUCCACUCCCACAGCUUCAGACCCAUCUCCACCUGGACUGCACCAGGAGACUGCCUGAGGGGCUCACCGUCCUCACCAAAAUGCUCACUUAUCUACCAGCAUGUCCAGUGCUAAGGUGUCCGAGGUCCCUGACCCUCUGGAGGAGCAAACAGACAAAACACAACGGCAAGGCGGACAGACCACACGGAUGCAGCCGCCAUCGUGUGCACGGAGAAGCUGGAAUGACGGUCAGGGGCACGGGCACAUACACCGGGAUGCCGACCGGACCAGCUCUGGGGCCAGCGGGGGGCGUGCGGGGCCUGUGGGGCAGCGCUCAGGAUACCAGCAUUGGGGAAUAACCGUGACGCCCAGAGGCAGUGCCAGGACAGACCCCCUCGGGCCUCUGGAGAAGCACGCCAGAGUCUACACGUGCCGCUGCUGGGCCCUGGCUCCCUUCCUCCGACCUCUGGCUCUCUGGGCACCAUGAGGGGCACCUGUGCCCACUACCUGGCUCCGCACACGGGGCGGGGCCCCGACGGCAGCGGCCACCAGCCCAUGUCUUCAGGGAGUGCUUCUCUCAAGAGCGCCUCCGGCCUUGCCCUCUCCCAUCUCGGGCUAACUCAGACUCUUCGAGCCGCUCAGGUCUGCGAGACUCAGCCACCCCGUGCCACCGUCUAGUCGCUCUUCGCUGGGAAGGUGUGCACCUCCUCUGGGCGGCUCCUGGAGAACGGCCAGUGCAGCGGCCUCGGUCCUCUCCCUGCUGACACAGCGGCCCCCCAGCCCCCAGACCAUCCUGGAGGAGCCCAGGCACGCAGCAUUUCUGCCUCGAAGAGAUCCUCCAGUCCCCGGCGGCGGGAGGCCUGCGGUGGAACCACCGCUCCCUCGGACCGCCCACCCUGUGGCUGUCGCCAAGCCUUCCUCCAGGGGCAGUUCCCACCCAGAAGGAAGGAGCCAGCCCUCAAGGCUGGGGGGCUGCCCCUGCUGCACGGAGCAGGAGCCCGCUUCCUCUGGGCCUCUUCCACUUCCCCGGCUGGGGUGACGGACGGGGUGACGGGCGGCUCCGGCCCCGCUCCGCCCUCCCACUCCAGGCUCGUGCAGAGCCUCCACCGAGCCUCGAGGCGCGGCCCCACGGGGUGGGGGGCAGGCCGAAGGGACCCCGGAUUCGCCAGCCCUGGGCUCGGGCCUGGGGCAGAGCGGAGGCAGGGCCUGUCCCCCUCGGAGCGUCAGGUCACGCUCCCGCCCCUCGGGACCGACACCGCAGGCGACCUCCGGAGAAGCCGCUCUAUCCGCAGGCCUGACCGCGAGCGCGAGCCCCCGGGGCGCGGCGGUGCACGCUCGGUGUCACCGCCCGGCCGGGCCCCCGGGGACCCUCCCACCGCGGGCGCCCGCCGCCCUCGCGCGCCCAGACCCCCGCCGGCCGCGGCCGCCCCUGCCCGCCGGCCAGCGCCCCACGGCCCCACGGCGGCUCACGGCGCCUCCCCCGCCCGCGGCGGACGCGAGGGGGCGUGCGCGGCCCCCAGCCCGAGCUCAGCGCGCCGCGCCUACCGGUCCUCGCACGCGGUCUCGCUCCUCUCCGGCGGCCGGUCGGGCCCGUCUCCGGCCGCAGCGGGCGCCGGAGGCAAACGGGGCGCGUCGGCAGAGACCGGGGGCGCCGCCAUGGAGCUCGGAGGCCUUGCCGCAGGCUGCCGGCCGCAGGGCGGGGCUCUGGGGCCGGCCGCACUGGCCUUCGGGAGUCGUAGUUCAGGGCUUUGUGCUACGCAUUGGCUGGCGCGCCCCGCAAACUACAAGUCCCACAAGGCCGUACGACUCUGCAUGCCGGGACUCGUAGUCCGGCCUCACGCGCCCGGGGCGGGCGUCCUCCGCGGGGAAGGAUUCCCACCCCGAGCCUGACCACAAACUCAGCCGCACAAAGCCUCUGGAAAAAAAUCAAUAAACAUUUAUUUGAUACAGUCAUA